AUCAUGUUUUCCCUAAACAGUAGCAUUCCUUCAACAACGUCGGUUCUAUCAGCAUACACAACUUUUGCUGCAUCCGCUGUUCUAGUGCGCACCGUGCUCCAUGAAGUCCAGAGCAUGACUAGCCGGCUUAUACCCCAACAACUCCAAGACAAGCUCUUCACCAAAAUUGGAUCCCUUUUUGGGAAUCUCUCUUCCCAGAUGUGUAUAACCAUUUCUGAUCACAAUGGCCUCACCCCGAAUGAGAUGUUCGAAGCUUGUGAAACUUAUUUAAGAGGAAACAUAAGCCCAUCGGUCCACCGGCUCAAGGUAGUGAAGGAGCCAAAAGCAGAGAAAUUGUCCGUCAACAUAAACGAUGGCGAGACAACUUUUGACGUAUUCGAGGGGAUACAUCUUGUUUGGAGAUUGAAUUGCUCUGAGACUCAGAAGACUGGCACCCACUAUGAUGGCUACUUCUCUUCUAAAAGGGUGGAACGUCGAUCGUUUGAGCUUUUCUUUAACAAGAAGUACAAGGAUAAGGUACUAGGAUCUUACCUGCCCUACGUGCUUGAAAGAUCAAAAGCCAUCAACGGAGAGAACAAAGUGAUAAAGCUGUACUCGGGUGGAAAUUGGUACGUGGAUGUUAAUCUCCAACAUCCAUCCACGUUUGACACGCUGGCAAUGGAUCCAGAGGUUAAGAAAGAAUUGAUGCAGGACUUGGAUAGAUUUGUGAGGAGGAGGACUUUCUAUAAGAGGGUUGGGAAGGCUUGGAAAAGAGGAUACUUGUUGUAUGGUCCUCCAGGAACAGGCAAGUCCAGCUUGGUUGCUGCCAUGGCGAACUAUCUCAAAUUCCACAUCUAUGACUUGGAGCUUUCCAGUGUGCGAGGCAACAACGACCUUAGAAGUCUACUGGUUUCGACUAAAAACCGAUCAAUCCUUGUCAUUGAGGACAUUGAUUGCAGCAUUGAGAUGCAGAACAGAGAAGCUGGCCAAUCCGGAAGACGCAGUGGUGAGAAUCAGCUAACAUUAUCAGGAUUGCUGAAUUUUAUCGAUGGGCUGUGGUCGAGUUGCGGUGAUGAAAGAAUAGUUGUGUUCACAACCAACUACAAAGAAAGGCUGGAUCCUGCACUGUUAAGGCCUGGACGGAUGGACAUGCAUAUUCAUUUGUCAUAUUGCACUCCUGGUGGAUUCAGGAUCUUGGCUUCCAAUUAUCUUGGUUUGAAGGAUCACGACAGGUUUGGUGAAAUUGAAGAGCUCAUAACAGAAGUGGAGGUAACCGCUGCUGAGAUUGCGGAAGAACUCAUAAAAAGUGAAGAAAUUGACUUUGUACUUGCGGGACUCGUUGCUUUCCUUGAGAAGAAAAAGAAGGAAAAGGCCAAGUCCAAUAUUGGCAAAGAGGACGAAGUUAAGGGUAACAAGAAAGAGGAGGACGUAAAGUUACCAAGGAGAAGUAGGAGGAAGAGAAGCAGAAAAUCCAGGAUAUGAUGGUUCCAUUUCUGUUUAUGUAGCUUAUGUUCUUUUCUUUGUUUUUUUUCCUUUCUUUCUUUCUUUUUCUUCUGUGUCUUUUUCUUUCUUUUGU